UUUUAUUCUUAAAAAUGAGUAGAAGGCCUUAUACAAUGCAUUCGUAUUCCAAGAUGAAGAUACCUGACAAGGAAGAGGUCAAGAAUGUGGGUAUCUAUACUACAAAUGAAUCAAGGAAGGAAGUCGCUAAGGAAAUUAAGAGAACGCAUUUCCAACUAGGCUCAGAUUUAAGCUCCUUUCCUCACUCGUUAAACCAAGACACGUAUCAAAAUAUGCAAGUUGAUGAUAGAAAUCUUGGAGACCAACAGAAGAGAAUGGCCAAGAUUAAUAAGAGGAGCAAUUUCGUUUUUGGUAAUGACCCUUCUGGUAAAGGAGAAACCACUAGUAAUCAGACUUAUAACUCGAAGCAGUUUUCACAUCUUUCAGGGAACUCAAAUACUUUUUCUGCAAACACUCUGAGAAAAGGGAACUUUAGGCUAGGAUUUAACAAUGAGAGCACAUAUGAAACCACUUCGAAUGCUAACUUUAAUGAUAAAAAUCCAGAAUUUACCCGGAGCCAUGUUAAUGUUAACAGAGGAGAUAAGAAUACUAUUCCACUGGGGAAUGGAAAAACUUCCUAUCAAACCACCAAUAACCUUAACUUCACUCAGAAAGAUGUAGCAGAGUCUUUUAAGGAUAAACUUUUGAUGAGACAAAGAGGGGAGAAAUUGAAGAAAGCUAAUUUCUCAUUCGGCCAUUUCAAUAAUCGUAAUAGUCUUAAAAAUGAACCUCAUAACAUUACCGAUCAUGCAAAUAAGUUCCACUCAGAAAUGGUUAAACAAAAGCAGCAAGCCAAGCAGAGAGGAGUUGAGCUAAAGAAAUCCAAUUUUCAGUUAUCUAAGGAUCCAAAGUAUGGUAGUGAUUCCAAUGCUUUCAAGUCAAUGGCUCAAUUCCAGUUCAAUGAGGAGCAAAUCACAGGUGAUAAUAUGGCCCAGGAGAAUAAGAAAAACUCUGAGAUUUCCAAAAAUUUACAAACUAAUUUGAGGUCUUCUCAUUUCGAGUUUGGGAAUAACAAAGGAAAUCAAGGUUCAUGCUCUCACGAUGCUCAUCAGAAGUUCAAUAUUGACCAGAAGGGUCUUGAUGAUUCGAAUAAGUUAGCAAAGAAAAUGCAAAGUUCGAAUUUCGAGUUAGGCAGUAACAAAUAUAAAGGAUUACCACUCCAAUCAACAUAUAAAGAUUCUGCAAAUCUAAAUGUUGACUACGGAAAAGUUAAGGCUGAUAGCAGUAAUAUAGAUUCAAAGAAAACGACUAUUGAUAUUGGCAAGGGGAAAUGAUAUGAUUAUACCUCUGAAGCGAAGAGCAAAUUCGUGAUGCCACAGGGAAAAUCGAGUACUAUUGACCAUUCCCACAACAAUAUGAGCUAUCUCAAGAAAAACCAUUUUAAUCUGGGGAAUGAUAGAAAUGAUUAUAGCACAGUGAAUAAGACAGAUUUUGAUUCCAAGCCAAACCCUGGAUUUAAGAAACAUCAAGGGAAUAAUCAGCAGACUACGUUUAAGAUGGGAUUCCAAAAUAGUCAAUUCUCUGCUACUAAAUCUGCAAAUACUAGGUUGCCUUAUACUGACAGAAACAAGCAUGCUCCUUACCAAAGAGUUGUAGGAGAAGCAAUGAAAUCCUCAAAUAGUUCGAAGCAAGCUAAUGCAAUGCAGAGGGAGAACUUUAGCUUAGGCAAGAACGGAGGGGAGUUCAAGACAAUUAAUCAGGGAUAUUACAAGUGGAUCCAGCCGAAAGGAGAUAGAUAGGCAACCAGUUUUCAAGAAAUCAAAAUUAAUUCA